GUUAGCUUACAAGCAGCUGAAAUGCAUGCUAGCAACUCAUUUUCUCUCGGUCAUAAAAGCCUACUUUGAAUAUAUGCAUUAUUGUGAAAUCGAUUAUGUCAUUAAAAAUCCGCAAAUGUCUGUGAUAGUUUCUGAUAGUCGCGGCUGGCUUGUGGACUCACAGUCCUUUAUUAAUGACAAUUACAGUAGUUGCCACGAUGGUUUUAUGCUACAGGAUGCAAACAACACCUCAACUGAAACGUAUCGUUUUAAAAAAGAGUAUUUUAACAUUUUUAUGCCACACAUAGUUUCCCAACCCAAGUCAGAAAAUGUGGAAACGAAAACAUCAGAGGAUAAUCUGACAGUCCUUACUGGUGGCGUUGAUGCACAGAAGAAGAAAGGAAGGAAACGCAAACGAGACUUGAAUCAGGGCGAGCUUGAUGCCCAGGUCUACCAUGAAAAGAUUAGAUUGUUGGUUCAAGAGGGAGCCGGAUCCUUAGUCGACGUAGGGAAAUCUCUUGGAUACCUGACAGGAGCAGGUCCUGCUGGGGCACCACAGACUAGUAUACCUCAGGAAUGCCACCUGGCGGCCAUGUGUGAUAUGGCCAAAUCAUUGCCUGUGGAUGAUACUGUUGCCUCCCAGUCGAUCUGCGGGGAUGAAGAGCUGGACCUGUUUUCAAGAGUAACAGAGAAUUCAUCCGACCACAGUUGUGCGGUGACACUGAUGGGAGAGCGUUACCUGCUUCCUGCCCGUUGCCGUUUCCUUCUAUCUGAUAUUACACGUACACACCCCCUCCGGAACUGUGGGGAGAAGUUUGACCUUAUUGUUCUGGAUCCACCCUGGGAGAAUAAGUCUGUGAAGAGGAGCAGCAGAUACAGCUUCCUCCCUUCCACUCAGCUCAAACAACUUCCCAUCAAUCUCAUAAGUUCACCAGAGUGUUUGGUGGUUACCUGGGUAACAAACCGCCCCAAACACCAGCGUUUUGUCAAAGAGGAGCUAUACCCUCAUUGGGGAGUGAAGCCUCUUGCAGAGUGGCUUUGGGUGAAGGUUACCCAGGCGGGUGACUUUGUGUUCCCUUUAGACUCUCCACAUAAGAAACCUUAUGAAGUUUUGGUGCUGGGGAGAUACCAUUGUGAUGAAAAUGUCACAACCAGCUCUUGUCUUCCCCAUGAUUGUAAUACCUUCAGCAAAAGUGAGGCUCCUCUUCCAGAUCAGCGACUGAUUGUCAGUGUUCCUUCAACUCUGCAUUCCCAAAAGCCAUGUCUUUCAGCUGUGCUGAAGCCUUACAUCAGCCCCAAUCCCAAAUGUCUGGAAAUGUUUGCACGCAGCCUACACUCAGACUGGACCAGCUGGGGGAACGAAGCUCUUAAGUUUCAGCAUAUCAGCUACUUCACUAAGGACACAACAGACGAGUCACACUCCACAGGGCAGUGAGAUGUCCUCGGUCUGCUAACUUUAGCAUAAUUCAGUUAUAUCCAUUUAGAAUAUUAUUUUCGAGAUCUGUGUGAAGAGCAUCAGUAAGUGAUUUGCAAUUGUUUCCAAAUAAGAGAGCAUACUACCCAGAAUGCUCUGAUACACCUACAGUAGGUUGAAUCUACCGACUAGAGAUCCGUAUCGGCCAUGGAAUUAGGACUUCCUUGUUUCGUGUCUGUCUCCCAUUAGCGCCCAGGUUCUAUUGUGACCAUGCACUUUACACUUUGCAGAUUGUGAUGUAGCAGUCUUUCAUCUGUAUUUUAAACAAUUUUGUACAAUAAAUGUAUUUUUCUAAUUUAA